UCGCCAUAUGUGUGGAAGUAACCCUACUAUAGUAAUAAAAUGAUUGGAGUGGAUCCGUGGCUUCGCUGUGUCGCUGUCGUAGAUAUUUAAGCCGUCACAGCUCCCAACUGUCGCGUCUUGAGAUCGACAGAUCCAUUGAUCUCUGUCAAUCGCACUCCAUUGUCUCAUUGUUUUUUUUUUGUUGUUGUUUAUCGAUACAUUAUUCUUUGAUUCUUUUUUGUUAUUUCUGAAGGAUUUUUUUUUUCAUUUAUUGGUUAUUGACGUUGAGUGAAUUUGAUUGAGUUUGAUUUCUUGCGGAAUUUGAGUGGAUUUGGUUGAAUUUUGAUUCUUUCUUGGAAGAGUCAGAUUCAAAUUUGUGUGCAUUUCGGUUUAAUUUGGUUUGUUUUGCUUCAAUUUGCUUUUGAUUUUAUGAAAAACAUUUUGAUUGAUUAUUGGAGUCAGUGUCAGAUUUCUGUAUCUGAGAGAGAGAGUUGGGAUAAUUUAGAAGCUUUUGGAAUGUGAAUUUGGUAUAGAUCUCACUGAGAUCACGAAAUCGCGUGUUCAGAGUCGCAUACCUGAUUUCGGUAGUGAGAGAUGGAGAUCGGAGGAGUAGGGCCAAAGCCUUCAAAACACACGGGAGAUCAGGUUUGUCAAAUCUGUAAUGACAAUGUUGGCACAACUGUAGACGGUGAACCCUUCAUUGCUUGCAGCGUUUGUGCAUUUCCUGUUUGCCGGCCCUGUUACGAGUAUGAGAGAAAAGAUGGCAAUCAGUCUUGUCCUCAGUGCAAGACUAAAUACAAGAGGCAUAAAGGGAGUCCUCCGAUUCAUGGGGAGGAUGUGGAAGAUGGUGAUAUGGAUGAUGUAGCUAAAGAUUUUAAGUAUUCUUCACGGGAUCAAGAUGAGAAGCAAAAGAUAGCAGAGCGCUCGCUGAGUUGGCAUAUGAGCCAUGGACAAGGAGAGGAUGUUGUGCCUCCAAACUAUGAUAAAGAGGUUUCUCUUAACCAUAUUCCUUUGCUCACCAACGGACCCUCGGUUUCAGGGGAGUUGUCAGCUGCAUCUCCUGAGCGUCUAUCAAUGACGUCUCCUGAAGCUGGGCUUGGGGUAAAGCGUGUAUGUCCUCUACCUUAUGCAGCAGCUAAUAUUAGAGUGGGAGAUCCAGGGAGAGAGUUUGGAUCAGCAGGGUUUGGAAAAGUAGCUUGGAAAGAGCGAGUUGAUGGUUGGAAGAUGAAGCAGGAAAAGAAUGGAGCUCCAAUGAGUGUUAGUCAUGCACCUUCUGAAGGCAGGGGUGGUCUUGCACCUUCAGAAGGCAGGGGUGGUGUGGAUAUUGAUGCCAGCACUGAUGUGGUUAUGGAUGACACUUUAUUAAAUGAUGAAGCCCGCCAGCCUCUAUCAAGGAAGGUUUCUAUUCCCUCCUCCAGGAUCAAUCCUUAUAGGAUGGUCAUAGUUCUGCGACUUAUUAUUCUUUGCAUUUUUUUACAUUACCGUAUAACAAAUCCAGUUCCCAAUGCUUUCGCUUUGUGGUUAAUAUCUGUGAUUUGUGAGAUAUGGUUUGCAAUAUCAUGGAUAUUGGAUCAGUUCCCAAAAUGGCUUCCUGUGAACCGUGAGACAUAUCUUGACAGGCUGGCUCUGAGGUAUGACCGAGAAGGAGAGCCAUCUCAGUUGGCUGCUGUUGACAUUUUUGUCAGUACUGUUGAUCCUCUGAAGGAACCCCCACUUGUUACAGCCAAUACUGUCCUUUCUAUUCUUGCAGUUGACUACCCAGUCGACAAAGUUUCUUGCUAUGUCUCAGAUGAUGGAUCUGCUAUGCUGACAUUUGAAGCUCUGUCUGAAACUUCAGAGUUUGCAAGGAAAUGGGUUCCUUUCAGCAAGAAAUAUAACAUCGAGCCACGAGCUCCGGAAUGGUACUUUGCACAGAAGAUUGACUAUUUAAAGGAUAAAGUACAACCAUCGUUUGUGAAAGACCGCAGAGCUAUGAAGAGAGAAUAUGAGGAGUUCAAAAUUCGUGUCAAUGCACUUGUUGCAAAGGCACAGAAGGUUCCCGAUGAAGGAUGGAUAAUGCAAGAUGGUACACCUUGGCCUGGAAAUAACACCAGAGAUCAUCCAGGAAUGAUCCAGGUUUUCUUGGGCCAUAGUGGAGGACUUGACACUGAAGGUAAUGAGCUUCCACGGUUAGUCUACGUCUCUCGUGAGAAGCGGCCUGGAUUUCAGCAUCACAAGAAGGCUGGUGCCAUGAAUGCACUUGUUCGUGUAUCAGCAGUCCUCACCAAUGGGCCCUAUUUGCUGAAUCUUGACUGUGACCAUUAUAUAAACAACAGCAAGGCUUUGCGGGAGGCUAUGUGUUUUCUAAUGGAUCCAAACCUAGGAAAAUCAGUCUGUUAUGUUCAAUUUCCACAGAGAUUUGAUGGGAUUGAUAAAAGUGAUCGAUAUGCCAACCGUAACACUGUUUUCUUUGACAUAAAUCUGAGAGGCUUGGAUGGCAUCCAAGGCCCUGUAUAUGUGGGUACAGGAUGUGUUUUCAACAGAACAGCCUUGUAUGGUUAUGAGCCUCCUGUCAAGCCUAAGCAUAAGAAACCAGGUCUGUUCUCUUCAUGCUUUGGUGGAUCACAAAAGAAGAGUUCCGGAUCAAGUAAGAAGGAUUCCAGUAAGAAGAAAUCAGGCAAGCAGUUGGAUCCCACAGUGCCAAUAUUCAAUCUAGAAGAUAUAGAAGAAGGGCUGGAGGGUGCUGGAUUUGAUGAUGAGAAAUCACUGCUCAUGUCACAAAUGAGCCUAGAGAAAAGGUUUGGUCAAUCUGCUGUAUUUGUUGCUUCAACACUAAUGGAAAAUGGUGGUGUUCCACAGUCUGCUGCUCCUGAAAUCCUCCUCAAAGAAGCUAUUCAUGUUAUUAGCUGUGGAUAUGAGGACAAAACAGACUGGGGAAAUGAAAUAGGGUGGAUCUAUGGUUCUGUUACAGAGGAUAUUCUUACUGGAUUCAAGAUGCAUGCCCGAGGAUGGCGGUCAAUUUAUUGCAUGCCACAGCGUCCAGCCUUCAAAGGUUCUGCCCCCAUUAACCUUUCUGAUCGUCUGAAUCAAGUGCUUCGAUGGGCUUUGGGCUCAGUUGAAAUUCUUCUCAGUCGGCAUUGCCCCAUAUGGUAUGGUUAUGGUGGAAGGCUGAAAUGGCUUGAGAGAUUUGCUUAUGUUAACACCACCAUCUACCCUGUCACAGCCAUUCCACUUCUUGCAUAUUGCACGUUGCCAGCUGUCUGUCUACUCACCGGAAAGUUCAUUAUUCCACAGAUUAGUAACUUCGCCAGCAUCUGGUUUAUAUCCCUCUUUCUUUCCAUCUUUGCCACGGGUAUAUUGGAAAUGAGAUGGAGUGGCGUGGGGAUUGAUGAAUGGUGGAGAAAUGAACAGUUUUGGGUCAUUGGAGGUGUUUCUGCUCACCUUUUUGCUGUUUGCCAAGGCCUGCUCAAAGUCCUUGCUGGCAUUGAUACCAAUUUCACUGUCACUUCCAAGGCAUCUGACGAAGAGGGGGACUUUGCUGAGCUGUAUAUGUUCAAAUGGACAACUCUCCUCAUCCCACCAACCACUCUUCUCAUAAUCAAUUUGGUUGGAGUGGUUGCUGGAAUCUCCUAUGCCAUUAACAGUGGCUACCAGUCUUGGGGUCCUCUCUUUGGCAAGCUAUUUUUUGCUUUCUGGGUGAUUAUUCAUCUCUAUCCCUUCCUUAAAGGUCUAAUGGGACGCCAGAACCGGACUCCUACAAUCGUUGUUGUGUGGUCAAUUCUCCUUGCUUCUAUCUUUUCCUUGUUAUGGGUCAGGAUUGAUCCUUUUACAACCCGUGUGACUGGCCCAGAUGUUGAACAGUGUGGAAUCAACUGCUAGAGGAAUCUAACUUCGGGAUUAAGUACAAGAAUCUGCAUGGCCGGAAAACAUGGGAAAUUUUCAUUUUGUUGUCUCUUAUUUGCAAAAUCUAGAAGGUACCUGCGUUUAGUUUGGUCACACAAGAAGUUGGUGACUUAAUUGUUUUGUGAAUUAUAAUAUGCAAUGCAAUUUCCGUGAAGUUUUUAAAUUGUUUAAUUUGUUCAAGUAUUUAAUAAAAAGGGAUUGGCUGGAGGA